UUGAGGGCCUUGAAGCUUUUGCUUUGGUGUACCGCGUAUGGUCAUCUCAUCUACCAAGACACAGAACGAAUACGGAAUAACUUGGUCACCAAGUUCCCUCCACUUCCUUACCACCUUCGCCCUUUUGUCCUAACGCUAUAAAUUCUCCUCUUUCCUUCCUUCUCUCUCUAACAUCUACAAAAGUUCACUCUUUUAACAAGAAAGUACAGACAAGAAAAGCCGUUUUCAUGUUCAAGUAUUAGUUGAGCAGAAAAAGCACAAGUUGAUCGUGACAGAGUUGUUGGAUAAGGGAGGGAGGAGUGAGAUUCACUGUUGUUCUUUCAUUCCCUGUAUUUGAAGUAGAAAUGCCGUUGAAGCUUACAAUAGUUGGGAGGGUGAGUGAUGGGCUGCCGUUGGCACAAGGUCCGAGGUAUGUGAAUGAAGAGGAUGACAGCGUUCCUGCUUACAAGGAACAAGGAGAGUUCUUGCUCAAAGAAAUCUCAAGAGGAGCCUUGCCCUAUUCCAAGAUGACCAUUUUCUUGGAUCACCACUGCUUCAAUUAUAUGGUUGAGCAUGGAAUUUGCUUCAUGGCAGUCUGUGAUUCAAUGUAUCCAAGAAAGCUGGUUUUCCAUUAUUUACAAGACCUGCAGAAGGAGUUUAAGAAGUUUGAUGUGAGAGUCACUGAGAGAAUUAUGAGACCAUAUAGCUUUAUGAAAUUUGAUGGUAUCAUUGGAAAUAUUAGGAGCAAAUAUGUUGAUACAAGGACUCAGGCCAACUUAUCAAAGUUAAACUCUGAUGGUUCUCAAGAGGAAGAUAUCUUAUCCGAAAGCUUUUCACAGAUUGUUAAGAGAAGGCGAAGAUUCGAUAUGUUGCGGAGAAUGAGUGAAGCACAUCUACAUGCUUCACCAAUAUGGUGUUCCAAAAGGCUCGAGAUUAUCGCUCUGAAAUGGAUCCCGGUAGGAUUAGUUCUAGCUGUUACAACCAUACUCAUAUGGACCAGCCUUCUUAAAGAUGACUUAUUAUUUCCUGGUUUCUAAUACUUUUAGUAGGUCAUAUUCUUAUUAGGAUGUGUUUCGUAUCUGUUUGUGAUCUCUGGACAAGAGUAUGAGGAUAUUCGUACUUAAAGAUUUCGAGGCAAGUUUUAGCUCUAGUGGCAUGUUAUCUUACUAUUACAGAGCUUCUGUUGCUCUCCAAUGUAAUUUCUUUCUGUAAUUUCUAUUACCUGAAAUUGAAUGUAUAUUGAUAUCUUCUUCUGUAACUUUUGUUUCUUUUGUCUUCUUAGUGCUGUUA